CCCACAAAAGUCUUCUUUCACCGCCUCAAGAUCUCUCCUCUUUCUUUGUUCUCCAAUCUCUCUCUCUCUCUCUCUCUCUCUCUACAAAAACCUAUAAAUCAUCAUCUCUUCAUAUAAAAAGAUCACCCUUUUCAAAUCUUUACCGCUUUUUCUUCAACCCCUUUUCAUAUUGCACCGAUUUUGAUCCUAUUUCAGUCUCAAAACCCUAAAAGACCACCUUUUUGUUGCUAAUUUGGAGCAAACCCUAGACCCCGAAACCCUAAAAGUAAAAGGGAUUUAUGGCAAAUCAAGUGUUGGAGGGUAGCCAACCAGUUGAUCUCCAAAAGCACCCAUCUGGAAUCGUUCCCACUCUUCAGAAUAUUGUAUCUACCGUGAAUCUUGAUUGUAAGCUAGACCUUAAGGCGAUUGCCCUACAAGCUCGUAAUGCGGAAUAUAACCCCAAGCGUUUUGCUGCCGUAAUCAUGAGGAUAAGAGAACCAAAAACAACUGCCUUGAUUUUCGCCUCUGGGAAAAUGGUAUGUACAGGAGCCAAGAGUGAACAGCAAUCCAAACUGGCAGCACGCAAGUAUGCCAGAAUUAUUCAGAAACUUGGAUUCCCUGCUAGAUUUAAGGAUUUCAAGAUUCAGAAUAUCGUUGGAUCGUGUGAUGUAAAAUUUCCCAUUCGACUUGAAGGCCUUGCGUAUUCUCAUGGUGCCUUUUCAAGUUAUGAACCAGAACUAUUUCCGGGACUUAUAUAUCGAAUGAAACAACCAAAAAUCGUUCUCCUAAUAUUUGUUUCCGGGAAGAUCGUUCUUACAGGAGCCAAGGUCCGAGAUGAGACGUAUACCGCCUUUGAGAACAUAUAUCCAGUCCUUACUGAAUUCAGAAAGAAUCAACAGUGAUUCUUUAAGAUGGAUGAAUUUGGUGUUUCAUGGUGGUGAAAGUUGACUUUAGGGUCUGACUUGGUUGUGGAGGGCAAAAGUGUAAAUAUGGUGAUGGGCAUGGAAGUGAAGGCUAAUGGGCCCACUUUACCUUUUUUUUGUAAUCCAGUUUUUAAUCACAUAAACAGAAACCAUAUUUUUUUUUUAAUGGCGUACGAUUAGGAUGUCGUUAACUGGGAUAAACAGAAACCAUUUCUGCUUGCCACUGGAAGGCCUUUUUAAACACA